GCUCCGACGUCGCUGCUAAUACUUGUUACAUCGCCAACAACUCCUGUCGCCUGAAUGCCUCCAUAAAUGGUGGACAGCCUUUGAUUGGAAUCUACACUCCUAGCAUUUGGCGCACUUCCAUUUGAAGAAGGCCCGGAUGAGGCUAAUGACUCAGCUAGCUGUGGACCUUACCUUGGAAGAUUCGUCGGACGAGGAGUCCGCGCUAGACUGGCAGGGCCGCUCGCGAGGCCUUGCGAAGAGCCCUUCGCGUCACUCGUCGGAGCUGGCGCAGCGCCGCCGCAAAAGCUCUGAGGUCGAGAAUAUAAACGCAGGCGAAAACAACAGCAAGCGGCCUCGCCUGGCAGGGUCGCAUGUUCCCAAGCUGGAGGCUGGGGCAGGGGCCAUCGCCCACCGGGGGGCCAGCGCGGAGCGACGUCCCCACGGGCGGUCAAACUACUCUCCGACUGAGGCUGAUGACAAGGAUGAUGUCGCAUUCAUUAGCCACCAGGAGUUCAGGCAAGCGUUGAAUGCGGCGACGGCGGGCGCCGCUGCCGGCAGCGGCGGCGGGAGCGCUGCCGUUGCGUCUGUGCCGCCGGCGGGGCUAUCUUCGCCGGCGGUGGCCGGCGGCGUCGCGGGCCCAGCCGCGGCAGCCGCCCCAGCUACAUUUGCUGCAGAUGCAUCUAGCGACGAUGAGGACGCUGACGAGGUGAUGGUGACAGGGAUGGUGGGAAAGGUGGCCACGCUCCAUAUGCCGCAUCCCCGGCCGGACUGCGCCGGACACGCCUUCCAGCGCACAGCGGUGGGGCGGGGCGCCGCUGCCAACGCCGCGCACUGCCCGCAGUGCUUCUGCUACGUGUGUGAUGUCAAAGCGUCGGAGUGCGCCUUUUGGGGAACAGGCCUCGGAGAUCACGACCAUGCCAACGCCCACCCCGGCUUCCAUCGCUGGACGCAGCUGCGACACAGCGCCCGGGGCCUGUCGCCAGCCCGGCGGCAGGAGCUGAUGGUCGCGGCGGCGGCCGGCCGGAUGCCGGGGGCACCGGCGGCGGCGGCGGCGGCGCCGCCAGCCGCCGGGCCUUCGGCAGGAACAGGAGCAGCAGACGGAGCCGGCGGAGCAGGGGCUGCGGCAGCAGCCGGGGCUCCGGCGGCGGCAACCGGGCCUCCGGUGGCGGCAACCGGGCCUCCGGUGGCGGCAACCGGGCCUCCGGCGGCGGCAACCGGGCCUCCGGCGGCGGCAACCGGGCCUCCGGCGGCGGCGACAUCGGCACCCGGGGGGUGGGCCCCAGUUCCGGCAGCGCCGCCGGUCGUGGCGCACACCGCGGCGGCUCAGCAGCAGCCCGCCGCCGCGGCGCCGGCGGCCCCAGCACCGAUAGGGGCCGAGGUGGCGGUGGCGGCGGCGGCGGCCAUCUUGCAGCUCCUGGCCCAGACACCGCCGCAGCAUCAGCUCCAGCUCCAGCUCCAGCUCCAGCAGCAGCUCCAGCAGCAGCAGCAGCAGCCGGCAGCAGCAGCAGCAGCAGCAGCAGCAGCAGCCAAGGAACUCUUACAUCCAAGAACAGGCCAACGCCCAAGUCCACCGAGCCCCCAGCUCAAGCAACAUCAACUCCGAACAACGCAGCGCCAACGCCCAAGUCCACCGAGCCCCCAGCUCAAGCAACAUCAACUCCGAACAACGCAGCCAGCAGCGGCGGGAGCAGCGCCUCCAGCGGUAGCGGCUGCUGCUGGUGUGCCCGGCCAAAUACCGCCGGCGCAGGUCGGCCUGCCUGCUGCUGCAGCCGUUGCGUUUGAAGCCGCGGCGCAGGUUGCCGCCCUCAUUGCCACCGCGUUGGCUGCCGCCCCAGGUCCUGCGGCGCCCCGGCCUCAACAACAAAGCCAACAGCUGCUGGCGCGGGAGCUACAGAUGCUGCCGCCGGCGGAUUGCCAGCUGCUGCUUCAUCAGGUGCUGCUGCGGCUGCUGCUCCUGCACCUGCUGCUCCGCCGGCAGCUGCGGCGGCCGCCGCUGGAUGAGCUGGUUACACAGUGGCGGGUGCAUGCAGGGUUCCAGGUGCAGCAGCUGUCCGCUGAGCGGCAGUGGCUGCUGCUGACGCGGCUGAUGUCUCAGCUGCCGGAGGAGCAGCAGGUGCAGGAGCUGAUGCACGGGCUCGCCAGCAGCCAGCAGCUGCGGCAGGCCGCAGCAGCUGCAGCAGCGCCGCAGCAGCCGGCGCGGCCGCAAGUGAUGCAGCCGGGGCCGCAGCCGCGGCCGCAGGUGAUGCGGCCGGGGCCGCAGCAGCGGCCGUGGAUCAUGCAGCCGGGGCCGCAGCCGCGGACGCUGUAGCCUGGAUCAGGCCGUGGCAGGCUGUUGCUAUUAUUUAUGGAGUCGUGCGUCGCUGCCGUCACGGCCGCCGCUGCUUCUUGCACUGGUGUGCAGAGGGCCCCACUUGGCGAG